AGUUCUAUCCAGGAGUCCCAAAAAAUGCCUUGCUACAGAACCAGACUAGGGACUGCUAGUGGAGGGAAAGAUCUGAAGAGCAGUGAAGCUCUACUGAAGCUGCAGUACACUAGGAUAUCACCAGCCCAAUGAAAGUGAGGUCCUGAUUAAUGUGAAACUAGGUUUGGUGCUUCUCUGGGCUCCUUCCUACUGGGACUGGUGCAGAGCUGGCAAUUGAGGUCCCACAGAGAAAGCGUACAGGCAGAAGAAAAGGGAGAAGUCUUGGCCAGGAUCCAGCUGUCAAUGGGAAGAGCACAGCUGAGUGCAAAGCCAGUGAAGGAGAAGGAGGAAGAUGACACAGCAGGAUCCUUGGCCUGCCACUGAGCGACUCUCUCCAUGUGAGCAGCUCAUUUCCCUGCUCUGUCACUCUUCUGCUCUGCACACACAGCCUGUUCUAUAGGCCAGGACCAGGUUUCUGCAACACAAGGCACAAAGGACCCUUGAACAGCUUAGAAGGGUCCAAACCGACUCUUCUGCUGAGCUUCCACUUCACAUCAAGAUGGCGGCGCCUCUCGCCAGCAAGGCAGGGUCCGCCGGCACCACCAGCAAGCCUCCCUUCCCGGAGCUGGAUUUCCGAUCGGGAGCCAGGGUGGAGGAAUUAAAUAAACUCAUCCAGGAAUUCACCAAGCACGAUCAGAGGGAGUACGACGACCAGCGAGCCCUGGAGAUCCACACGGCCAAGGACUUCAUCUUCUCCAUGCUGGGCAUGGUUCAGAAACUCGACCAGAAGCUGCCUGUAGCCAACGAGUACCUGCUGCUGUCGGGCGGCGUGCGGGAAGGUGUGGUGGACAUUGACCUCGAUGAGCUGAAUGUUUAUGCCCGGGGCACAGACUACGACAUGGACUUCACACUGCUGGUGCCCGCGCUGAAGCUGCACGACCGCAACCAGCCGGUGACGCUGGACAUGCGCCACUCGGCCCUGUGCCACUCCUGGCUGAGCCUGCGCCUCUUCGACGAAGGAACCAUCAGCAAAUGGAAGGACUGCUGCACCAUCGUGGACCAUAUCAACGGAGCUACCAACUACUUCUUCUCCCCAACAAAAGUUGCGGACUGGUUCUAUGAGUCUAUUAGUAUUGUGCUCUCUGAGAUCCAGAAAAAGCCCCAGCGAGGGAUGCCAAAGGUGGAGAAGGUAGAAAAGAAUGGGACUAUCAUAUCCAUUAUUUUGGGAGUGGGCAGCAGCCGCAUGCUGUAUGACAUUGUCCCUGUGGUGUCCUUCAAAGGCUGGCCAGCUGUGGCACAGAGCUGGCUGAUGGAGAACCACUUCUGGGAUGGGAAGAUCACGGAGGAGGAAGUCAUAAGUGGGUUUUACUUAGUGCCUGCAUGUUCCUACAAGGGGAAGAAGGACAAUGAAUGGAGGCUGUCAUUUGCCAGGAGUGAAGUGCAGCUGAAAAAGUGCAUCUCCAGCAGCCUCAUGCAAGCCUACCAGGCCUGCAAAGCCAUCAUCAUCAAACUGCUGUCCCGCCCCAAAGCCAUUAGUCCAUAUCACCUGCGGAGCAUGAUGCUGUGGGCUUGUGACAGGCUGCCAGCCAGCUACCUGGCCCAGGAGGAUUACGCAGCCCAUUUCCUCCUGGGUCUCAUUGAUGAUCUCCAGCACUGCUUGGUCAACAAGAUGUGCCCUAACUACUUCAUCCCGCAGUGCAACAUGCUGGAGCACCUCUCGGAAGACACCGUCAUGCUCCACGCGCGGAAGCUGUCCUCGGUGCGCUCCGACCCUGCCGAGCACCUCCGAACUGCCAUCGAACACGUCAAGGCAGCCAACAGGCUCACCCUGGAGCUGCAGCGGCGGGGCAGCACCACCAGCAUCCCCUCCCCGCAGUCCGAUGGAGGGGACCCCAACCAGCCUGACGACCGGUUAGCCAAAAAGUUGCAACAGCUAGUGACUGAGAACCCUGGAAAGUCCAUCUCUGUCUUCAUUAAUCCAGAUGAUGUCACAAGGCCCCACUUCAGAAUUGAUGAUAAAUUUUUCUGAGCUUUCGUCAGCGUUUCUUGGGAUUUUUAUUUGUUUUGGUUUUUAAAACUCUUGCAGCGUGCAGGUUUUUUAAUUUGGUUUUCCUUGAUGACUUAGUCUCUUGGUUUUUACAUAUCCAGCAUAGAUUGAAUCUAUUGAGAACAAUCUGAACAAAUUAUAAAUCCUGUUUCUGCAGGACAGUGCAGAUUUUGGAACUGUAUAUUACUAUUUCAUAUGCUGCUUUUUUUUUUUUUCACCCACCCUGCCCCACUGUCUGUGAGUAGUUUCUAAAGGAGGACAUGCAUCGUAAACACAAGCCACAGUGUAACGUAGGGGUUUUUCCACGCUUCCAUAAUUUAUGUACAUUGUUGGGCCGGGAGAAAGAGACAACUCGCCUUCCAUUGCUUCAGAAAUUUACUUCUUUUUCCAUGAGCUUCCAUCACCCUAAAGAAAUGAGGAGAGGCUGGGUUGGAAAGCACUACUGGUAAUCUGACAAGGCCAAAUCUACUGGGCUGAAGCCCAGUUCAUCUCUUCUUCACAUUUCUGAUACAGGGGAGAAAGCCGACUUUAAAGAUGAUGAUGCAGCUUUUUGGGGAAAGAGUUGUUUCUGUUUUGAUCUACUUUUUGAAUGUAAUUGUUCAUUAAUUGGACCUUGUACAGUCCAGAGGGUUGUUUCUGCUGCUUUUCCAUGCGGAAUAAGGUUAUGGAAUGUUAGUUUUAGUGUGCGUAAUUAUUCAAAGCCUUAUUUAAAUUCUAUUAAAGAACAUACCAUUUUAAAUGUAAUUGCACUAAUGAAAUCUCUGCCAUUACCUCAGUCCCACUGUUUGUGUUUCUUUCAUGAAUUAGCAUCUGUUAUUAGGUCUCAAUAUUGCUGAUUGCUUGAGACCCCUCUGGUCUCAUGGUUUCAGGUGAUUUCUUGAUUGUCUUUUGUAAAAGACUUCCUUGUUAGCCCGGCUAUGUGUGAGCAGUCAGAGUUUUGCAUUGGCAUAUUUCUUUGGAUGCGUAUUGUGUGUUGCAGUGCAUAUUGCAUUAAUAUGUAUUGCAUGUUGUUGAAACAGGUUUACCAUUAGAUAAGGAUGUAAUGCUAAAGCAGUGGUAUGUGCAAAGUGAAUCAGCCAGACCUCCAGCAAAGGAGCUACCUUGCUUCUCAAAUGCAUGUAUUAGGCCUGAUCCUUUCUGGCAGUUACCAUUCCCUGGACUCCUGAGAACUUUCUGACUCACCCUGGGACAUGGGAGAUCUUACUCUGGUCUCAUGUUUGCAAAAGUUGUGUUUGUAUGUAAACUUGUGGUGCAACAGUAGCCUUGAAAAACACAUACACUUUUCUUCUGUGUGUAGGGUAAGAUGUAUGGUAACAAGGGUUAGUCUGAGCCAAAAAUAAUUCCAAGAGUUCAAGGAUAGAGUGACUUAUUGUGGCUGGCUGGCCAGUGACUGAUAUUUAGGCCUUAAAUCAGCAAUUUGGGCUUACUGAUUAUCCCAGAGACGCUGUUCUGAUCCAAACUUGAUGCAUGUGUUAAAAUGUGAUUAUUAGAGCAGGUUGAAGUAUUUUUUAAAUAUUUGACAGACAAAUGAGGUGCAUAUCUAGUAAAUCCUAACUGAUAAAAAUUGUGUAUGAAAAAUGUGUCACUUUUUCAGUCCAGCCUUUGUGGUAAAGAAACCAGGCUGGUGGAGCAGCACACCAACAGCUUUGGCAACUGCUUUAUUAGAUGGCAGGGAGGUUUCAAUACCUGAUCUGGUGCCCAAGUCAUGUCUUAAACCUUUAGCUCAUCCAUCUCUUGGGCUUAAUUAAAAACUUCACCCCAUUGCUAUAGCCAAGAUGUUCACAUUUACCUGAAUUUACCGGUACACACUUACAAGAAGCUCUCAGAAGUUGCUGGCCUGAUGGAGUGGAUGAGGAUUUAACCUUAAAGCACAAUUGGCUCUUGAUGUGAGCCCCGUGCAGCUGCAGUUUGGUCUGGGGAAGGACAUGGAUUGGCUUCAGCCGAAGCAGAGCCAGGUCCUACCCAUGUGGCUAUUGCCAAAGAUGAGUUUCCAUAUAAACCUGUGAAACCUGCCUGGGGGAGGCAGGAGAAACAACAGGGAAUCCUCUCCAGAAGUGCGUGGAAAAUGCAGAUUUGUUGAAAUGUUUUCUUCCCCAGUCUCUGGGACUUCUGUUUGUUGAAAGAAGAGUCUGGGCUGCAGGAUGAAGUUUCCCAUCACUACGUGAGAAAUCUGCUCAGCACAAAGCAGCAGUAGCCUGGCAGGCAGAGUACUCUCCCAGGAGACCCAUUGUCUGUGCCAGUGCUCCUGAGAUAUGCAGAAACACAGCCUUCCUCAUGCCAGUUCAAUGUCCUGGUGACCAGCAGUUUGACUAGCCCAUGUCAAGCUCUGGUGUGUGCUCCUUUUUUUGGUUUUAAUUAAAAAAACAUUUUGAAAAGUA